AUGAACAUUCAAGUCGAACAACCGGAGAAGAGGAAGAGGACGAAGAAGACUAAGAAUUUGUCUCCUUCUUCUUCUUCUUCUUCACCACCAUCGUCUUCGUCAUCUCCGUCUUUAUCUUCACUCCCAGAUGAAAUCGUUGUGAAUUGCUUAGCAAGGAUCUCGAGGUCGUACUACCCGACACUCUCGCUCGUUUCCAAGAGCUUCCGUUCAAUUCUCUCUUCGACCGAGCUCUACGCAGCUCGAUCUCAACUCGGAAGCACCGAGAAGUGUCUCUAUGUCUGUGCAUUAGAUCAUGGUUGUUUCUCUACAGAAUGGUUUAGACUUUGGAUUAACCCUAAUCGAACCCUACCCGACUCCUUGACUAAGAAGAGGAGGAAGAAGAAGAAGACAGUCGGAGUCUCGUUUGUUUCGAUUCCGUCUCCAUAUAUUCAGUCGCUACCACCCUCGAUAGUUGUUGGUUCAGAGAUUUAUGUUGUCGGAGGACAAUGGUCACCGUCCUCAGCUGUGCGGGUCCUCGAUUGUCGCAGUAACACUUGGCGUGAUGCCCCUAACAUGAUCGUACCCCGGAUGUUUCCGAGGACAUGUGUCCACGAUAAAAAAAUCUAUGUAAUGGGAGGUCGCCAAGUAUUAGAGAAUGAAUCAUGGGUGGAAGUAUUUGAUACAAAGACUCAGACUUGGGCAUGCCUCCCCGAUCCGGGUACUGAGGUACGCAAGAGUUACAUUUAUAGAAUCACAGAGAUCGACGGAAAGAUUUACUUUGAUAAUAGAGACAAUACGAUGUAUGCUUAUGACACAAAGCAAGGUAAAUGGGAAUGUGGUAAAGGCGUGAUUGCAACGUUUCCGAUGUCAAAAUGUGUGAUAGAGAAUAUAUCCUACUCCUAUGGUCUACAAUUACAAGGCAACAACGGGUGCUGGUGGUAUGACAUUAAGUCUGAUGAGUGGAAAGAAGUGAAAGGGUUAGAAUCAUUAAAAGACAAGUACAAGAGGAGUCGUGGUAAUGCUAAAGUAGUUAGCUUUGGUGGGAAUCUCUUGCUUCUUUGGGAAGAAUGUACGAACUCCAAUCCCAAUUACAGGAAGAAGAUUUGGUGUGCGGAAAUUGGGUUGGAAAAGCGUGAUGGAGGUGAGGUUUGGGGAAUUGUUGAGUGGGUUGACGUUGUGCACAGUGUCCCCAUAUCAUGUAAGCUCUUUCGUUGUCUUGUUGUCUCGGUUUGA